GUAUAUCUCUGAUCGCCCAAUGAUUAAAAUAAAAUAUUUUUAAGUACGAAGAGUUUUUUGCAUCUCAACCUCCAAAGACUUUCAAUUGGUCUUUUUUCAAACGGUCUACACAAGAAAAAAGAACAGAAACACCCAAAAUUCUAUUCAAACGAGAAAGGGAUCUGAAUAAGAUUGCAAAAAAAAAAAACGAAUAUUAAAGUUUACGAAACGAAUUACGUCAAUUUUAAUCAUGAAACGGUUAAAUGGUUAAAAAUAAACGUCAAUAAACGAAAGCAAUAGGAAUAAAAAUAAAACUUAUAUGUACAAAUAUAAAGACAUCCGCAUGUGUGUAUGUAUGUACGUAAGGUGUAGAAAAAGUGUGAAAUAAUUUGUAAAGUACGUCAUCGCGGUGUCAUCAACAGAAACAUAAAAAUCAACGGAAGGAAAAGCGGAAGAAGCAAUAACACAAUUCGCAUACACAGACCAUAGGAACGAUCUGUAAUCAUCUUCCCUGUCGCCACCAACCUAAUACCCAACAUCAACACAAUUGCAGAUGGAAAUGAAAAGAGUCAACACUCUAGAGUCUACUACGGCCAACAUACAACAACAACCUUUAGAACAUCACCAAUACCAGCAACAAAGCUAAAUAUCUAUUUUCGCUGUUAUUAUUUUGAUGCUUGGUAUCUGUCCAACAUCCAAAGCGACACAUAAAUAAUUUAUACCUACAUAUGUAUGUUUGUAUAAAGGCGGAUGAGAACAAGAACUACGUCGAAAUCCCCCCAAAGAAGAAUCAAGCCAAAACAGAGAGACGAGCAACCGAUAAUUAGAGACAACAACAAGUAUCAUACUUCGUCUCCACCAACAAUAGAACAAAGUAGGGACGGUGGUCCGCCUACAUGCUAUAGUAGCUAAGAGAACUUAAUCGCAAAUUCAAAGACCGCUUCUGAAAGAGAUCCCCAACGAAUUCAACGGAAAUCCCAUUAGUCGAAGAGAACGAGAGACCGUGAGAUUAAAAGGGAGCGGUCAAAUUAACACGCACUAUACACAUAUACGCGCGCAGCAAUUGAACCGACGUGUGGAAGAAAAAUUCAUAAUCGAACGAAACCAGAAAAAAACAAAUCUGAAAAUUUUCACUGAGCGAUCGAAACGAACGAAAAUUUAUCUAACCAAAAAACAAAUGAAAAUAAUUGAAAAAUAAACAAUAUACAUAUGUCAUCAAUCAAGGAGAAUAACUAGCAAACAAACUAAGCCAUCUGCAGCUACUGUCAACAACGAAGACAGUUUCAAAAACAUAAAUAACAGCGAGAGUAACAACAAAACUUGCAAAACAAAGCUCACGCCAACACAAUCAUUUGGUGAUUGAAUAUUUGUGACUAAUUAGCGCGGGACUAGCAAGCAAGCAUAGCUUGCACUAGAUUGCAUCACACGUUUGCAAGCAGAUAUCGCACCUUCUCCAUGACUUAAUUGAACCAACACCCACACAGAAACGCAGACUCACCCAACGACCGGCAAGAUUUUUUUUUAUGUUUUUGUCUAAUCGUAUUCAAGUCAACGAAAUAAUUUUAUAAAGAAAUUAACAACGAUUUAAGCAAAUAAUAAUCCAACACAUAGUUACUUCCCACGACUCUGUAUAUAGAACUUUGUGUUUAAUUUUAAUUCAACUUUCUCUGGAGCCAGAAAGCGUCCAAUUUUUGGUGCAAAUAAAAUCACUAACCAUCCUCACAAGCGACAAAGUAAUAAGACACGGCAGGAAAUAGAGCCAACGAGACAAAUUUUUAACAGGCUACUAAGCUCCAACAUUGCAACGCCAAUCGCCCAAGGACUCGCGAAAAGAUCGCCAAAGCGCAAACAUCUUAUAUCCUCGCAUAAAAGGAUAAUCUAAAAUACUCUUCGAAAUAAACCUACGAUAUAUCUACGGAUGAAAAAAAACGUAUAAUUGAAAACAUAUACUGUGUAUAUAUAAAAACCAAAAACCAAACAAAAAAUAUUUAUUGUUUAUUUCUAAAAUGAAACAUUGAAUGUGAUAUUUGAAAUUACAAUUUAACAACCAUUGAAAUAAAAGGAAGAGCAAUAUAUUUUACUUAAGCAAGUUACACAUACGAGUACAUUAGUAACUCCCACAGAUCCCAUAAAGACACACACUAAUCUUAGACGCCAAAGAAUUGUGACUCUCAGAGAAAUUGGCUAAUAUUCCCAACAAAUAACCAAUAAGAUGGCUGAUAAAGUUGAACAAUCACAGUCGAUGGCGGGCAACCAUAACGAUGGGCGUAAAAUACGCAAAUCACCCGAAUUUCAGCCGCAGCAACAGGUCAUUGUACCAGCCAGUAUAACCCGUGAGCGAAGUUUCGUGCGCACCUCCAAUCAACAGAACGCUAAUAAAAGACGCAGUCUAGCCUUUAACAUUCAAGCUGCCGCCAACAAUCCGGGUGGACAAUUGAGAGGCAAGCCCACAAUGGACAUUUACAGACCACCUAAACUGAACUACAACCUACAACACUCUUCAAGUUCAUCCAUGGUUUUCCCCAAUUCUCCCACGGGCUUGCACCAACAAAUGCAGUUUGUGGCGGCAAACAAUGCCAUGGUGAAUCGAAGACAAGCCGGUCUUUCUGUGGGAAGCUUACCAUUGGGUACAUUAAACCACAAAGGUCAUCACAUGGCGGGUGGUGGAGGUGGUCAUCGUCCGAUAUUGGUGACACACUCGCAUCCUAUGCAAAUGGGUCAUAUGACACAUGGAGCCGUUUCACCUCAGGUGCCAAUAAUAAACUCUCCUUCUAGUGGUAAUAUACUGCAUGCGACUGCAAACCGUGUGAAGUUUGCUCCAGAGCCUCAGAAGAUACAUCACAAUAAGGGACAAAUGAAUAUGGUUCAGAUGAACAAUAAUCUGAAUCAGAAUUAUAAACAACAAAUGAACAACGUGAAUCCCUAUAUUGUGACCAACAAUCAGAUGGUCAAUGGCCCAAUGGAUCCUUAUAUUGCCAUGAACAUAUCGCCAUUACAACGCUCCAAAUCAUUGUCUUCCGCUGAUGCACUAACACGUGGCAUUGCUGGGCUCGGUUUGGGUUUGGGCAACGAAGUCACCGACAUAGGACCAUUUCCACCGGAAAUUCAAGCUCUUAUUGACACAGCCCUAGAGGAUCCAAAUAAAUUGAACUCUCGUAGUCUCAUGGAACUGACAUCGCAUUUUAUUAAACGAGCGGUCGAGGGACGUCGCUUUGCUUUGCCCAUAGCUCGUCUUUGCCUUAACAUCAUAGCCAAAGAGCAAAAGGAGACAUUUUUAGAGGCUUUGCUAAAUACAUGCCGUCAAUGGUAUCAAGAAAGAGAAAAGCUUUUAUUCACUAUACAAGGAAUGAAAUCCCCGUCGAGAGCUCGCUUCACCGCUUUCAUGGCAUUUCUAACAGAAAUGUUUUGUCAGUUAAAGCGGCGGCAGCUUCAGCUGCGCACCCAAUGCGAAGGAGCACCCCCUCCACUGGUUUUACUAACGCUCUUAUCUAAAUGUUGCGAAGAUUGUGUCAAACCUCCAGUAAGAUCCCUAUCAGAGAUUGAAUGUUUGUUCUACGUAUUGACUUGUAUUGGCCAAGAUUUGGAAAUGCAAUUACCACAGCAGCUGGAGCUGUUGUUGUCAAUGAUACGGGAUGCGUUCUUGAAUGCAAGCGAUUCGGCUCCAGCUAUUCGUCGCACCUUGCUGCAGUUGAUUGAACUUCAGGCCUCACAUUGGCAAUUGCCCGGCAAUACGGUGCUUUACUAUUAUCCAUCGGCUAAAUAGGUCAAUGUACCCCGAAUCACAUUAAAAUCUAGAUAUGAAAUCUAGUAAAUCUGUUAAUUUAUAUAUUUGUUACUCAGAAUACCAUGCAAUUACUCAUUCACUCAUACAUAAGCACUUACAUAGAACAUACAUAUGUUGCAUUUAUAUAGGAUGCAAAUGAUUUGUUGGAGCAAUGAAUCCCCCCCCCCCACCUUUGAAUCCAUCAAAACAUUUUACUUAUACAAAUACACACACUCAUAUAUUCAUACUCACCGAUAAACAAAACAUACAUACAUACAUACAUUAGGCAACGUUUUUAAUGUUUCUUCUUAAUUGAUUAAUAAUACAUAUUGCAAUUCAUAUAAGCCUCUAUGACCAGAUUAUUAUCGUAAAAUAAGUUAUACGUGACCCUUUAUCAGCAGUAGUAGCAGAAGUAGUAUCUCAUACAAAUUAUAAUCUUUAUAUACUGACAUAUUUAUAAAACCAACAUAAGUAUCUAGAAAAUAUCCCCCUGAAGCAUGGUCGAUAUUUAUUCAAUCCCAAUGAAGCAUAGAAGCAUUUCGAGCUCAAAAUUAUUUCGUUCACAAGAUUUUAUAGAGAGCGAAGAGAUCAGAAAAAAAAAUCUAAAACAAAAUCCACUAAUCCACAAUUUUAUUAAACAUCUAAUACUAGUCAACAAAAAAUAUAUUUUUUAAAUAAACAAACUAUACACGAACUACAAA